CUGAAAGCGGGACGAAUCAAAAUAUCGCAGAGGUUUGACAUCCGCGGCGAACUUUAAAACCUUGAGGAGUAGUUAAGUUAGCUCCUACGGUUGCCCAGAUUAGCUAGAUGUGCAAAUAUUAAUUUUAAGUCGAAAAAAUAUUCGGCGUUCACUUCGGGACAGAAACGAAAAAUGGACGAUGCUGAAAUAUCUCGCAACGAAAUAUUACCACGAUUUCUAUCCGUGACUUUUUUACAAGCUCAGGGAUGGUGGAAAUGCCGUCAACGGAUCAGCUAAUGUCUGGAGAUAUUAAAGACCCUCCUGCGAAACGUCCCUGUCUUGAUAUGGCGUCGAACGGACCGGAGCUUGGAGGAGAGCCAGCAGCGGAUGAAGGAAGCGAUUUCUACAACACGCCUCUAAACGCUGGCACCCCGGUUUACACUGCGCAGACCUGUCGCGCCGAAGACAAUACCAGCGUCGUUCCACCUACACCACCGAAACCUGCGCCCGCAAUACCUGGACUGAGCUUUCUGUAUAAGAACGAAUCAGCUACUGAGUCGCAGGCAGCUGGAAGCGCCGUUCAACAAAUAAGCUCCCUGGAUAAACCUAGUGAGCCGGAUACACCGCAGGAAUUGGAUAACCGAGUGCCAAAUUCUGAAGAUGUAGAAAUGGGAUCCCCAACCCCAGUCGUUCAGCAACGCGAGGAAGAACAGCAGGGCCAGAACCAUACAGUUACGGAGGAAUCUAAGAAUGAUGCCCCUACUGUCUCGGAGGCUAACCAUGACCCUGUACCACCGACACAGAAUGGAGCUUCUGGAGAGUCUCCGGGACGCGCGAAUCACACCGGAGGCGCUGAAAUUGGCCCCGACAACUCUGAAAACCCGGAGUGGGAAAUGGACUCCUCACCAUAUGAGUCGUCUUCCUCAGAUUCUUCCUCUGACGACAGCGAUGAUGAUGAUGAUGAUGAUAGCAGCGGCGAUUAUGACUUAUUAGACCCUGAAGAACAAGCCCGGAUAUUAAUGGCUGCGGAGGGCGGUUCCGACGACGAGGGAGAUGGAAAGAAUAAAGGGGGACAUGUUAGGACAGCAAACGAAAAGCCCGAAGAGAUAGUACCGAAGCCCGACAUUACCGUCACACCUGAUAUGAAGGUAGAAGUACUGGGUAAUGUGGAGACGAUCGUUGAAAACGUUGUCUUAAUCAAGGCAAAUAUAUCCGGGGAAUAUCAAGUGCUGGAGAGCGGUUCCGUCCUCUGCCUUGCCGAUCUAAGUGUCAUUGGCAUGGUAUCGGAAACCCUUGGAAGAGUGGAACAGCCGCUAUACACGGUACGGUUCCCGAACGAGGAAUCGAUAAAAGAAGCCAAAUUAGAGAAAGGCACGCCCGUUUUCUAUGUUGUGGACCACUCUACCUUCGUGUUCACACAACCCUUGAAGGGGCUCAAGGGUAGUGAUGCAUCUAAUUUCCACGACGAAGAGGUUGGAGAGGAAGAAAUCGAGUUCUCUGACGACGAAGCGGAGGCUGAAUACAAGCGUCAGCUCAAACAGAAGCGUCAACAAAAGAAGGAUGGGCGGCGUGAUGCUCAUGGACCUGGGAAAUCGAGGAGAGAUCGACCGGGCCCUUCUGGGCUUGGGAACUAUCAGGUAAACUACGACGAUAUUAGUACAGAAGAUGGUUACACCCCGUUGUCUCGACCGAAAAAUUUCCAUGAAAUGAUCGGUAAUAGAGAAGCGCCCAUAGAAGAAUCUCAGCCACGCAACCAGUUUGCAGAAAGACAUUCUAGAGGAGGAAGGGGCAGGGGUAGAGGCAGAGGCAGUGAUCGGGGAGGGCGAGGACGCGGGAGAGGUGGCAGCUACCAGAAGCAGGGAGAUGAUCGCCAACCCCCUCAGCAGCAGCAACAUCAACCUGAGCAGCCGCAAAGAGGGCAACAAGAAACGCCACAGUAUGCCCACCCCCCACAAUCUUCCGAAUUCCGACCUCCGCAGACGUUCUACCAAGCCCAGAACCCUUACCAACAACAGCCCUCGCCUUACAACCCGCCCUCAUAUCCCCCUUAUCAAUCCCCACAACAAAAUCAGCCUGCUCAGAUGUACAACACCAACCAGGCUUUCUUCCCCUCCGGUUUCCCCCCAGCCCAGCAGCAGUUUCCUUUUCAACUUCUCCAUCAACCUCAAUCUGUGUCUCCCUACCCACCACCCGGCUCCCAUAUCAACCCAGCCUUCUUCCGCAAUCUCCAGCAGCAGCAGCAUUCUUCACAAUCUCAACCACCCGAACAAGCCCAGCAGAGCCUACAAGGCGCACACUCAGCCGAAGCGUCUGCAACACAGUCAUCGGUUGAUACCUUCGCUGCCGCCCAGGCCCAGCUGGAUCUGCUAAGGAGGCUAAGUCGGGGCGGUUCCUGAACCGUAAGCGUUAUCGGAAUUCAAACGCACACGUUUCUUUCCCACUGUGCUUGCAACGGCCUUGUUUCAUUUGUCUAAAAUCAUGGCAACUCACGUUCAAUUAUCAAAAAUUGUUCUCUCUGUACGAUACUGUUGCUCUACUUGUAUACUUGUAUGACUUUUAUGCUCUUACUCUUUCAUUAUUGAAAUUAGAGAUAUGACUCAUAAGAGAGAAAGAGCCAAAGACACUGGAAGGUUGUUGUUUUUUUUUCUGAGCCAUGGUUGUGCUUGUCCUUUAUUUCAAUUUUUAUGGAGUUCUCUACUACGGAGUGCAUUUUACUCUAUGGGAUUUGUCGGUAUUCAAAACUUGGGAUUAAGGAAAGGAAGCGAAAAGUCAUUUUUGUUCUUGCUACUCAUAGUUAAGUCUAGUUCCCAGAUAGCAUUUUCAUUGAUCUUGUUUACGGCCUAUGUAUGUACAAUGUGGCUUAAAUUUUCAAAAUAUUGCAUUUGGGAAAUUUCUCAAAUAGUGUGGAUAUUUAGAAUGGGCCUCGAAUGCGCAUAUCUAGACCUAGGCCUCAAAAGUGCUAGAUAUCAGAGAAUAUAAUGAUACAAAACUGCUCAACGACAUAAUACGCUGAAAUACAACAUCGAAGAAAAUAUCAUAUAGCACUUACGUUGCCUCAGUCUUCAAGCUCUUCGCCAAAGUCCAAAAGUUCUCCAGCUUAGCCCGCGACAACGCAUCCUUUGCGGCAGCAUCCGUCUCGCACACCCGCGCACCCAGCCACUUUCUAAACGCUCUAGUCUUUCCCUCUCCUUCCCAAACUAAUGUGCAUGUGUUUUGGCUCAAAUCCUUCAGCUCUCCCGUCUUCUCAUCCUCGGCAGUAAGCCAUGAUGCGAGCGCUUCGCGAUCGUUGUUUGGAUGAGUAUUUUCCGUCCAGUCAAUGCGAUUGAGCAUGAGCUUCCGGUACGCGGAGAUGGAAUGAUGGCCACCCUCGACGAUCACGAGGUUGAACUUCGGAUGCAUAAUGCACAUUCCAGACAGGUUGUGCUGUUCUGCGUUUUUGCUGAUUUUGAAACGAUGCCGGCCGUUUGAGAGGUUGUCUAUUUUGUAUACAGACAUGUAUAUGCCCUUGGCCGCAUCCUGUUCUUGUUGAAUGGUGAGCUUCUCAAGCCGUUGCUCCUUGGUCAGCUUGCGGGAUUCAUUCGUUGCCACAUGUUUGUUAAAUCGUUCGGCAAUUUCCCGGUUGACGCGAGCUUCAACAGCGGUCGGAUCCUUGACGGCUUCUUCACCUAAAACGCGCAUGAGGUUGGAUUUCUUGACUUUUGGAGGUGGGACAGGCUCGAGCCCUAGUCUAAUCUUCGCCUGUUGCUCUUUAAGAUCGGCCAUCCGCCGUUGACGUCGGAUUUUGGCUUGCUCUUUUGGUGUAAGGAACAUUGGUUUUGGUGCCGGAAUGUUUUUAUCUUGUGGAGGGUCAAGGAGAACUGGAUGUUGAAUAUAAAUAGAGAUUACAGUAUCUGCAGUGUCAAUUUUGAGACUUUGAGGGUCAUCAAUGGCAGAAUAGUCCGAACCGUUGACUAAACCCUCAUCCCACCACUCGAUUGCAGGUGGA